UUCGCCAUUUCACCGGAGCCUGCUAUUGGCUAAUCGUUAAUGUUAUGAGACUCCAUUGGACAGACGGACACACGCCUUUUCGUCCCUUUGAAAAAGCACAACAGACGACAAGGCGAUCCAUGUGCGUCUGAUUUAAAUCAACAUUGAAGCAUGCUGACUGCACAGAGGGCACGUGCAGCAAUGGCUGCCCGGCGCAUGGCGAGAGCCUCUGUUGCCUCAGCACUCGCGCAGCGCUCCCCCGUGCACACGUCGGCGCCGCGCCGGGACCAGGUGGAGCUGCAUCCCGAAUGGGCCACGCUGGCUAAGAAACAGCUGAAGGGGAAGAACCCGGAGGAUCUGAUCUGGCGCACGCCGGAGGGACUCAACAUUAAGCCUGUUUACACCAAAGCAGACUCCACCGACCGGCCGGAUGAAUUGCCGGGAGUGUUUCCCUACACUAGGGGGCCCUAUCCCACCAUGUACACCUACAGGCCGUGGACCAUCCGGCAGUACGCUGGCUUCAGCACUGUGGAGGAGAGCAACAAGUUCUAUAAAGACAACAUCAAAGCUGGUCAGCAGGGUCUCUCCGUGGCGUUCGACCUCCCGACUCACCGCGGCUACGACUCGGACAACCCCCGGGUCCACGGGGACGUCGGCAUGGCCGGAGUCGCCAUAGACACCGUCGAAGACAUGAAGAUGUUGUUCGACGAAAUCCCGCUGGAGAAGAUGUCCGUUUCCAUGACAAUGAAUGGAGCGGUUAUCCCCGUGCUGGCGAUGUUCAUCGUGACUGGAGAGGAGCAGGGCGUGUCCAAAGCCAAACUUACUGGCACCAUUCAAAACGACAUUUUGAAGGAGUUCAUGGUACGCAACACCUACAUUUUCCCCCCGGAGCCGUCCAUGCACGCCAUCGCAGACAUCUUCGCUUACACCACCAAGAACAUGCCCAAGUUCAACUCCAUAUCCAUCAGCGGGUACCAUCUCCAGGAGGCUGGAGCUGAUGCCAUCCUGGAAGUAGCCUACACCAUCGCUAACGGCCUGGAGUACUGCCGCACGGGUCUGAAAGCAGGCUUAACCAUCGAUGAGUUCGCCCCGAGGUUGUCCUUCUUCUGGGGCAUCGGGAUGAAUUUCUACAUGGAGAUCGCCAAGCUGAGGGCGGGCCGGAGGCUGUGGGCGACGCUCAUCCGGGACCACUUCCAGCCCCAGAACGCCAAGUCGCUCCUCCUGCGCACACACUGCCAGACCUCCGGCUGGUCCCUCACCGAGCAGGACCCGUACAACAACGUGGUGCGCACGGUGAUCGAGGCCAUGGCCGCCGUGUUCGGGGGCACGCAGUCGCUGCACACUAACUCGUUCGACGAGGCGCUGGGUUUGCCCACGGUGAAGAGCGCUCGCAUCGCCAGGAACACGCAGAUCAUCAUCCAGGAGGAGUCGGGCAUCCCCAAGGUCGCCGAUCCGUGGGGGGGGUCGCACAUGAUGGAGGCCCUCACGGACGACGUCUACGACAAAGCUUUGAAGUUCAUUAAAGAAAUCGAAGAGGUGGGGGGCAUGGCCAGAGCGGUGGCAGAGGGCAUCCCGAAGCUUCGCAUCGAGGAAUGUGCCGCUCGCAGGCAGGCCCGCAUCGACUCAGGGUCGGAGGUCAUCGUUGGGGUGAACAAGUACCGCCUGGGAAAGGAGGAGAGCGUGGAGGUGCUGGCUAUAGAUAACACUGCCGUGCGUGAGAAGCAGAUUGAGAAGCUGAAGAAGGUGAGAGCUAGUCGCGACCCGGAGGCAGCGAACCAGUGCUUGGCAGCCAUAGAGGAGUGUGCCCGCACCGGGGAGGGCAACCUCCUGGCCCUGGCCGUGGAGGCAGCGCGGGCCAGAUGCUCGGUCGGUGAAAUCACCGACGCCAUGAAGAAGGUGUUUGGCGAACACAAGGCCAGCACCCGGAUGGUGAGCGGCGCCUACCGCAGCGAAUACGGCGAGCGCGACGAGAUCGCCGUGACCCUCGACAGAGUCGCAGAUUUUAAGAAGCACGAGGGCAGGAACCCUCGACUGCUGGUGGCGAAGAUGGGGCAGGAUGGUCACGACAGGGGGGCCAAAGUCAUCGCCACGGGGUUCGCCGACCUGGGCUUCGACGUCGACAUCGGGCCGCUGUUUCAGACGCCCCUGGAGGUGGCCCAGCAGGCGGUCGACGCAGACGUGCACUGCGUCGGGGUCAGCACGCUCGCCGCGGGGCACAAGACGCUGGUCCCCGAGCUCCUCAAGGAGCUGCGCAAGCUCAACAGGCCCGACAUUCUGGUCAUCUGCGGCGGCGUCAUCCCCCCACAGGACUAUGAGUUCCUGUACCAGAGCGGCGUGAGCGCCAUCUUCGGCCCGGGAACAAGGAUCCCACAAGCUGCCGUGGACGUGAUCGAGAGCAUCGAGAAGAGCCUGGAAAACCUCCGGCAGGCCUUGUGAACGGAUUACUUGCGCGUGAGGAGGAGGAUUAACCGUCGUGAAAAUGCUGAAUGCACAGAUGCCUUUGAAGAUGUAUGAUUUUAAAUAACUAAUAAUGUCCUCACAAUUGGCCCUUUUUCUAAUUCUCAUAAGGAAAACAUCACUAACCUGUUGUUGAGGUUUGGCUCAUUGACCACGUCUGUUUAAAUGAAUCAAAAGAGAUGCCCUGACAUUAAUGAUGACUUGAUCACAGCUUUAUUGAUAUCAUAGAAAUGCAGGAAUACAGUUUGACUACUUCAUAUACUUCAAGAAGAAAUAAGACUCGAACAACAACACAUUUAUUUACAAUAGCAUACACUAAACAAAGAUACCGCAGCAUUUCGGGAGCCCUUUUUCUUUUGAACAUAACGGGUUCAUUGUGAAGCGUGUUUGUGUCGUUUUGAAUCACACGUAGCAGAGUGUUAUCAGUGCCGAGGGGUUGGAGAUGGAUUGUUAUUACGGUUGGGUUUAUUUUUAUGGAAAUCUUCUUCAUCCGAGGACACUCACUCCGAGAUAAAACUAGGGAGCAGUGAUUGUAACCCAGUAUUUUUAUAUAUAUUCGUGCGACUUUGAAUCACAUUCAACGCUCUCUGGUUUAAAUAAAGUAAAGUGAACUUUGGAGAUGUGCAUGUAACAACAGGGGAUAUUCACUCAUCUGUGGAUAUAAAGUGAAUUCAACGUGAA